CCCGUUUCUGGCGACAUCGGUGCUGCUGUACAAGUUCCAUCAUAACAGGACUGAGCAACGACCUGUCUCAUGGCGAAGUCGAUGACACGGCCGCAUGCUAAAGCCGCCCGACGGGUGAAGGUUUCAUGGCCGUUCAACGAUCCGAAUGCCGAUCUGGUCCUUCGCUCCUCCGAUGGCAUCGAAUUCUACGUCUUCAAGAACAUCUUGUCUAUCGCAUCCACGCCUCUCAAGUCUCGCAUCGAGAUCCUUCCGCCCGUUGCGGAAGGGAUCCAAACCCUAGAAAUCCGGUUGUGUAGCACGACCCUAGAUCAGCUUUUGAGGCUCUGCUAUCCAGUCCUGUCCCCACGCUUCUCCAGUGUCCAGCAGAUCGAGCCCGUGCUGAAGGCCGCGAUCACCUACGAUGUACACGCAGCUAUCGAUGUGCUCGUUGAGAGCCUCCGAUUGAACCCAUUUCCGUGGGAUCCUCUCCAAGUAUAUGCAUGCGCAUGCCGUCUUUCCCUAGCUCCUGAAGAACGUAUAGCAGCAACGCUGCUGAAAUCUAAAACUAUCGAGGUCAUCGACACCGAUGUGGUUGACGACAUCCCAGCAGUUGACUACAUACGGCUGAUCAAAUACGUCAGCAUCAAGGAUGCAGUGUUUGAUGAAUUGCCUUCCCUGCCUCUCGAGGAUUCAUGCACCGAAUCGCCAGUCGACAUCCAACCCCGCACGGCAUCCCCUCCAUUCGAUGAGGAAUCAGGUGGCGACGCCAUCCUACAGUCCUGCGAUUCGAUUCGGUUCUACGUCUACAAGGCCAUCUUAUCUUUAACCUCACCCUUCUUCCGUGACAUGUUCACAUUACCGCAAUCUGAGGACGUGAACAAGGAGACGCCGGUGGUCUGCAUGGCAGAACACAGCACAGUCCUCCAUGACCUUCUUUCGUUGUGUUAUCCUCCGCACACUACGAAGCUCGCUUUUACAGAAGAUAUAGGGAGAUUGCGUGAUGUGUUAUCCGUGGCCCAGAAAUUCGACAUGCAGACCAUCAUUUCGAUCUUGCAGGAUCAUCUCUCCCGUCAUGCACAAAUUGAUCCUGGCGGGGUGUAUGCCGUCGGGAGAUCGCUUGGUAUCCAGGACCUUUCAGAGGAAGCUGCGAAGCUAUCUCUGCGAUUGAUUAUCGAGGAAGUGGAGGGUUCUCCUUACUGGCGAUACGUUCUCGCAGCAGAAUAUCGGCGACUGCGGCGUUAUCACUUCGCAUGCGGCGUGGCAGGUCAGUACGUUGCGAUGGUCCAGGGUGUGCCCAGCUGGUACUCCUUAGGAUCAGAACGCUGGUUGGGCUGCUGCGUAUAUCCUGCGGCGUACAUGUCGGACAGACGGAUGAUGCUACGAGAUCGACCCGGCGAUCCUGCCAUUACAAGUUUCGAGCAGUUCUUGCGUCACGCGGCAUCCCAAACAGAUGGACUGUGUCGGAGAUGCUCUUCAGAUUUGGAUAAGAUGCAAGUGUUUUGCAAUGACUUCGGAACAGAGAUACAUCGACGAAUUGACGAGGUUCCGUUGUCCGGAUAA